GUUCCUUAUGUACAUAUUCGCCUAGAUUCCUUCUAGUUUCAGCUUGGAGUGCUGUAAACUGCUUCUCUCCUAUCUUCGUCCCUCGGUUGAGCUUCCAGUCUGUUUGCUAAGAUGGAAUCUUUGCCGGCUUUCUCUGUUCCCUCACUUCACAUUUCAACUGCAACUGCACCUGGUGUGAUCUCGUCCGUCAGAAAACCUAUGUUCUUCAACGUCCAACUCAACCCAGCACUCUCUUUACCUGACAGGAAGAAAUUAAAAUCCAGGCUUUUUACUGCUUUAUCCCCUACUGUCUCAACAGAACUCAGCACCGACCCGCCUGUGGAUGACCCGGAAAUUGAAGGCUCAACCCAGAAAUUCGAUUGGUAUUCACAGUGGUACCCUGUAAUGCCGGUGUGUGACCUUGACAAGAGGGCACCGCAUGCCAAGAAGGUGAUGGGUAUCGAUGUGGUCGUGUGGUGGGAUCGAAAUGAGGGUGCCUGGAAGGUGUUUGACGAUACAUGUCCUCAUAGACUGGCUCCUUUGUCUGAAGGGCGGAUUGAUCAAUGGGGGAGGUUGCAAUGUGUUUACCAUGGCUGGUGUUUUGAUGGCUCUGGGGAUUGCAAGCUCAUUCCUCAGGCACCUCGUGAUGGUCCUCCGAUUCACACCUUCAAAAAAGCAUGCGUAGCUGCUUAUCCAAGCACCGUGCAGAAUGAUAUCUUAUGGUUUUGGCCAAACACGGAUCCUCAAUACGAAGAUAUUCUUUCAAGAAAGAGGCCUCCAUACAUUCCAGAACUGGAUGAUCCAUCUUUCACUAGAUUAAUGGGAAACAGAGAUAUUUCUUACGGGUACGAGGUACUGAUAGAGAAUCUUAUGGAUCCAGCCCAUGUUCCAUAUGCGCAUUAUGGGUUAAUGCGAACUCAGCAACCAAAAGAGAAGACUGAUAGAGAAGGGGGCAGACCACUUGAAAUGUCAAUAGAGACGCUAGACAUCAAUGGUUUCACAGGAGAUCAGACUUGGAGCAAAGCCAAAUUUAUGGCACCAUCUAUUUUUUAUGCUUAUACUAACCCAGAUCAGCCUAACGUCUCUGCGUCAUCAGCUGAUGCUAAGAAAUCAUCAAGUCAAAGGAAGUUGGCUUUGAUUUUUGUUUGUAUUCCAGUUAGUCCAGGUAAAAGCAGAUUGAUAUGGACCUUUCCGAGAAACUUUGGACUGUGGAUUGACAAAAUUGUGCCAAGAUGGAUAUUUCAUGUUGGACAAAACCUGAUUCUGGAUUCUGAUUUAUAUCUUCUUCAUGUUCAGGAACAUAAAAUAAUGGAUAUCGGACCUUCCAAUUGGCAGAGAGCCUGCUUUGUGCCAACAAAAUCAGAUGCCUUUGUGAUUGGUUUCAGGAAGUGGUUGAAAAAGUACUCAGGUGGUCAAGUUGACUGGAGAGGAAAAUAUAGCGGGUUUCUUCCUCCAACUCCUCCGAGAGAACAGCUAAUGGAUAGGUACUGGACUCACGUGGUAAACUGCAAGAGCUGCGAAUUAGCUUAUAAGAGUUUGAAUGUGGUGGAAGUGGUGCUGCCGAUAAUAUCAGUUGCUUCAGUGGGGAUUGUGGCGGCAAUGAAGGAGGGUACGUUAUCAGUCGCCGCAAGAAAUUCCCUGGUUGUGAUGGCAGUACUGUCAUUUGCAGUGUCAAGAUGGUUAGGUCACUUCAUCUACAAGAAUUUCCGUUAUCAUGACUAUAAUCAUGCCUUCCGCUGAAAAGGGCGUUUCCGGUAACAAAAACAAUUUGCAGAACUCCUAAUACUUCUUAUGCCCAUUGUACAGAAAAGCCUUUGUGGGGAAGAACAUUUAGAUAGCGUUGCAUAUGGCAACAAGUAAUUAAAUGCAUCGGCCACUUGUUUGCUUGAAUAUAACACUGGUAGUACCCGGAUAAGCCAUGGCAAAAUCAGUGAUGCUUGUGUUUGGAAAUGUUAUAUAGGCAGGAGGAGGAGGAAAAGGAGUUCAUGCCUGUACAGUGAAAAGUGAUAAUGUUUGCUUCUGCAUUGCUAAGUAAUGAAACAACGUCACGUAAUCAUGCGUGUUUUGUGGAAA